AUGGCAAGUGUGGCAAAGAGGAAACAUAGGAGAAGAGCAGUACACCGCGGUCAGAGGCCCGAACUAAAAUUGAAUUGGUGCUCCUAUGAAGGCUGCCAGGGUGUGACACAUCCGCUGAGAAGCCAUCUCCAACACAAACACCGAGCGCGAUCUGGGAAGUUGCUUGACACGUAUGUUCGGGUGGCUAGGGAGUAUCGCGGGAAGAUUGAGGCAGACAAUCUCGGCAGAUAUAUGAAGAGAGUGAAACGCCGCAAUGGUCAGCAAUGCCCUCAAACGUCACAGACACCUCAUCAACCAAGACCAUGGAAGAACAUGAGGGACCAUCCACCUCCACUCCAUCAGAGGAAAACAAAGAUGAGGAUGACGAUACUGGAGUGGAGUACACCCUGCAGGAGAAUUUCUUCACCUCGGCAAACCCAACGACCGAUAGGCACAGGUGGUUGAUAGCCUUUUACAACCACCUCAACCUGCCCGAUGGUGAAAGGAAGGCAAGGAAUAGACUGCAGCAUGCAGCACACAUCAAAACUAUCCUGGAAGACCUAGAUCCACACGGUUCAGACCUAGAGGUGUUGUCCCGAGGUGAAGGCUAUAUAGUCUUGACAGACUGGGUAGACCUAAAAAUGCACAUCCUAAAAACAGGCACCAUCAAUGCGUACCUUGGCAUGUAUCAAAAAUUCCUGACUUUUGUGGUAGAGGAGCGAGUGGCACGAAACGAGUUUUUUGCAACGUGA